UCCCCAUGUUAUGACGUCACCGCUGUUUUUGCAGUGCUUUGUUUUGGCGCGAGAUAGUUGAGUUUUGGUUUUCAGAAAAAGAAGAGCAGCCGGCUCGCUCUGUAGCGGAGCAAAAUACAGAGCUGCAAUCAAAUUAUACCGUGUCAAGAAACAUCCCGAGCAGAGUCUGGUGAGGGUGCAUAUAGUGUACAGGCAGUAACUUCAGAUUUGACUAAGUUUGCACCCCUGUCAGGACUGUAAUUUCUGGACUUGUACACGAUGAACUGUGAGCUUUUAGCAACCUGCAAUGGCUUAGGAUAUCUGGAGGAAGACACGUACCACCGCGAGCCAGACUGUCUGGAGAGCGUGAAGGAUCUGAUCCGAUACCUGCGCCAUGAGGACGACACGAGAGACAUCCGGCAGCAGCUGGGAGCUGGGCAGAUCCUGCAGAAGGACCUGCUGCCCCUCGUCAUACAGCACCACCAGGAGGGGGCGCUGUUCGACGCCUGCAUCCGGCUAAUGGUGAAUCUUACCCAGCCGGCCCGGCUCUGUUUCGGGAAGGUCCCGGAUGAUCCCGCCUUCCGACAUCACUUCCUGCAGGUGGAGUCCUCUCUGCAGGCCUAUAAGGAGGCCUUUGCUAAUGAGAAGGUGUUUGGGGUGCUCAGCGAGAAACUCUACACCCUGCUACAGCUGGACUGGGAACAGAGGCAGGAGGAAGAUAACUUGCUGAUCGAGAGGAUCCUGCUGCUGGUCAGGAAUGUGCUGCAUGUGCCAGCGGACCCCAGCGAAGAGAAGAGCCUGGAUGAUGAUGCCAGCCUGCAUGACAAGCUGCUCUGGGCGAUCCACAUGAGCGGCAUGGACGACCUCAUCAAGUUCCUAGCCAGCUCCCCGAGCGAGCACCAGUGGAGCAUGCACAUCCUGGAGGUGAUCUCACUGCUGUUCAGAGAGCAGACUCCGGAGCAGCUGGCCAGCACUGGGCAGGCACGCUCGGCUCGUGAGAAGGACAAGGACUCUCAGGAGCUGGAGAUCCUGAGACAGAGAGAGCUGGCUGAGAAGAGGAGCCGCUCCCUGCACCGAGGCAACAGGCACUCCCGGUUUGGUGGCUCCUACGUUGUCCAGGGGUUGAAGUCAAUUGGAGACAAUGAUGUCAUUUACCACAGGGGCCUGCACACUUUCAAGGACUACAGCCACGACUAUGGGAAAGCAGUGCGGAGAGUUCCUAAGAGACGGCAGGCAGCGGGGGAGAGCGAGGGCAAGCGCCGCUCCGCCCUCAACGUGAGGCUCUUCCUGAAGGAGUUCUGCACCGACUUCCUGCAGAACUGUUACAACAGCCUCAUGUACCAGGUCAAGGACGGGCUGAUCAGAGAGAGGGCUCAGCAGCAUGAUGAGACCUACUACCUGUGGGCUGUGUCCUUCUUCAUGGGCUUCAACCGCAGCCUCCGCUUCCAGCCCGAGCUGGUGUCCGAGACCGUGUCCAUCCGCACCUUCCACUACAUCGAGCAGAACCUGACCAACUACUACGAGAUGAUGGUGACCGACCGCAGGGAGGCCUCCGCCUGGGCCCGCAGAAUGCACCUGGCUCUGAAGGCGUACCAGGAGCUACUGAUGACGGUGAACGAGAUGGACCGCUCGAAAGAUGAGAACAUCCGAGAGAGCGCCAGGGUGAUCAAGAGUAACAUCUUCUACCUGAUGGAGUUCCGGGAGAUCUUCCUGGCUCUGCUGCGCAGGUUCGAUGAGACCCGGCAGCCACGCUCCUUCCUGCAGGACCUGGUGGAGACCACUCACCUGUUCCUGCGCAUGCUGGAACGCUUCUGCAAGGGCCGCAACCACCUCCUCGUGCAGAAGAAGAAGGUGCAUAAGAGGAGGAAGUCCAAGUCGAAGAAGAGACAGGGAGCGCACAAGGAGAGCUCCCCCGAAGCCCUGGAGGAGGCAUGGCAGGCUGUGUCUCAAGAGCUGCGGGCCAUUGGCUCAAAGUUGUCAGAGUCGGUGGUAGAGGGCGCUGUCCCGUUUGAUGCAGCCUCAGAGGUUCCACUUGAAGAUCAGAGAGCAGAGGCCAUGGUGCGCAUACAGGACAUUCUACUGACCAAGCAGGGGCCGGAGGCGCUGGGGCUGCUGAGAGCUGCACGGGAGGUGUGGCCAGAGGGGGACGUGUUUGGAGCACCUGACCUGGAGCAGGAGGAGGAGCUUGAACUCCUGAAGCAGAUCCUAUUCGCCAACCUGCCCAGGUCAACCGCCCCUGAGCCCGAGGAGGAAGAGGCGGGAGAGGAGGCGGAGGAAGAGGAGCUAGAGUCUGUGCGCGUCUCGGAGACGGAAUUCAACUUCCUCGACUAUAUAAAGAGGUUUGCCAACGCGAACGUCCUGAAGCCCUACAUCCAGCUGCUGAAGAGCUACCACCAGAACAGCAGCCACACCAACCACUGCAUCGUGCGCAUGCUGCACCGCAUAGCCUACGACCUCAAGAUGGAGCCCCUGCUCUUCCAGCUGUCCGUCUUCUGUGUGUUCAACAGGAUCCUGGGAGACCCGUCCGCCGCGGCAGCAUACAAGGAGCUGGUGACCUUCGCCAAGUUCGUGCUGAGCCGCUUCUUCACCCUGGCGACGCGGAACGACAAGGCGUACGUGGAGCUGCUGUUCUGGAAGAACGUGGGGACGGUGAGAGAGAUGACCGAGGGGUACCGCAAACCAGGAGAGGAGGACAGCGAUGGCUCGAAAAAGCGAGUGACGUGGACAGAGGAGGAGGAGGAGGAACUGAGACAGCUCUACAUGCAGCACUGCAAGGCUGAGGACGCUGAUGUGAUUGAGAGCCUGCUCCCUCGCCUGCAGAACCCUAACCGCACGCGCCGUCAGGUAGCCAAUCACCUGGUCCAGAUGGGUCUGGUGCACAGCAUCAAGGACCUGAAGAAGGAGAGGAAGGGCAAAGGCACCCGCAUUGUGCUGUGGACAGAGGAGCAGGAGCUGGAGCUGCAGACUCUCUUUGAGGAGUUCAAAGACACUGCUGAUGUCCUGGGGAGCAUCAUGAAGCUCAUCACUGCGAAACGCUCCAAGCCUCGCCUGGUGGAGAAGCUGCUCAGUAUGGGGCUGGUCUCCGAUCGCAAGGAGCUCUACAAGAAACCCAGACGCAGGGCGGCCGGCAAGCCCUCCGGCAUGACGGAAGAGGAGUUCUUCACUGAGCUGGGGGCCGAACCUCACGAGGAAUUAUCAGAGGAGGAGGAGGAGGAGGAGGAGGAGAGUGAGAGCGAAGGAGAGGAAAGCAAGCAGAAGAGAGAGAGAGCCAGGGGGGAGGGCAGGAGAAGAGCAGGAGGGGCAGACAGCAGCGUGCAGAAAAUGGUGCACAAACUGAGACAGGAAGGGGUCUCCAGUCCCUUGCUGUGGCUUCAGCACUGCCUGAACAGGACUGCUGCUGACAGAGAGGAGGAUGGUCAGGCUCAGCCCGUGCCCCUGGUGCCCCUCACAGAGGACAAUGAAGACGCCAUGGAGAACAAGCACUUCCAGAGACUGCUCAAGAAACUGGGCAUCCGGGCACCAGCCAAUGAGCAGGAAUCCUUCUGGAGAAUCCCAGCCAAGCUCACCCCUGCCCAGCUGCGGGUCUGUGCCUCGUCCCUGUGUGUGAGUGAGGAGGCUCCCCCAGGGGGCUCCGAGGAAGAGGGGGCUCCCCCGGGGGGCUCCGAGGAAGAGGGGGCUCCCCCGGGGGGCUCCGAGGAAGAGGGGGCUCCCCCGGGGGGCUCCGAGGAAGAGGGGGCUCCCCCGGGGGGCUCCGAGGAAGAGGGGGCUCCCCCGGGGGGCUCUGAGGAGGAGGAGCAAGGGGCGGAGGAGCAGAGGGCCGGAGCUCUGAGAGCGCUGCUUCUCGCUCGCAAGAGGAAACGGCCCCACCCCGACGCUGCAGGCACAGAGAUGGAGUCCCCUGCACAGCCAGUGAAACCAGCCCUGGACUCGGAGUCUGAAUCAGACAGUGAAACCAGCAGAGAGCCUGAGAGGAGAGCCGCCAGAAAGCAAGCGUCUAAGCGGAGUCGAGUUCUGGAUAGCGAUGAAGAGGAAGAGGAGGGCUCUGGAAAGUCAUCGGCGAUGGAUUUGGGGGGACGGGACCCCGAUUCAGACGCGGAGGAGAGAACGGCGCCGGCCAAACGCAGACGCCACAGAAUCGAGGAUGACGAUGAAGAUUAAACGCUGAAGAAAUAGUCCAAACCCAGAGGAGCACAAAAAUACAAUAUUUCAAAGACCGCUCCUCAUUGCUAUGGUUACCGCUCCUCAUUGCUAUGGUUACAGAGCCCUUUAGUGUGAUUUUCUCCAGGCACCAAAAAAGAAUGCAAGUGCACCAAUCCGCUUGUAGCUCACACCUGAAUCGCCCAAUGUCUGUACAGUGGGAGGGACCUGGAAAAUAUAAGGAUCCUGUUCUGGGCUGGUUUGCGAUUAGCUCUGAUUUGUGCCUCUGUGUUUGGGAGCUGUGGGAUCAGUGUUAACUCCCAUGAUGUUGAAAUAGAAAUAUGUACCUUUGAUUUAUUGAGGAUUUUUAUUUUUACAAUAUAAAGAAAUUGCGAGGUUUUUUUGGGUACCCCAGUCAACGGGCCUGGUUCACUUUAAAGGCUCUGUAUACAGUGACCCCUGUGGUUCUUAAGGGAUCAGCGAUCGCCAUUCUGUUUUUUGUGUGACUCAAGCUCGUUCACAGAUCCGAUUGGUUGAUCUGCUUUGGUGUAAAGUUGACCCUUGUAGAGGAGUAGACAGCAUAGCUGGUUUUAGUGUGACGUCAUUUCCAUCCGAUACUAUCUGACAAAGACAGAGGGCUGCAUCACAUCAAUAUCAGGGUGUACUAUAGAUUAUACACAAGCAAGGAAGAACGUUUUGGCCUCUCAAUACAUUGCAGCGUUUGUUUGAGUGUUUGAAUAUUUAGCCCUGCGAGUCUUUCAUUUACACAGAAAGUAGCAGCAGCAACGUGACAUUCAGGAGCUGAAGUGGGGAAGACUAUACCACUCCUGCUGCUGUGUACAAUUACGAUAAAUACAUUGCAAGCCAUCCUUUUACAGAAGCUAGACAAGCUUGUGGAAAUGCUGAUUUCGUAAUAGUAAUUGUAUAAUACAGGGCUGUGUGUUUAACAUGCUGAAGUGCUGAUGCAGAGUAAGUUCACCAGCUUUACAUGGUUUGCAUUCACAGAGAAGAGAAGCUGAUGAGCUCCCACCCCCACUGAGUGUUACCCCCAAUAUUUACCUGCAAAACUAGAAUACGUUUUAAAAUGUUAUUGUUAAUUACUGUUGAUGUAGAUUUUAAAAAGUACCGUUGUUUUAGUUUUGAAUUCACGUUCCUGUUUAAAAUGUGAGUGUGUAAGUGAAUACAAUCAAUAAAACUUGUGAACGCCACAA